AUGGACGCUACUCAGGGAAAAUUGCAAAAAUCCUUGGCACGGUUCAAGGAAAGAAUCUCAAAUGGAUCUUAUUAUGAGGCUCAACAGACAAUGAGGGCGAUUAUCAACAGACACGUCAAUUCUGGAAAUUAUGGCUCGGCUGUUGAACUGCUCUACCAAAGUUCCAAAAUUCUGAUGGAGUUCAAGAGAUACGACGAAGCAUGUGAUCUCCUUCUUUACAUGAUUGAAGUGUUUGAAAAGGAAAAUAAAUCAGUGGAUGAAUUUAAAGCUCAUGAUCUCAGCAAAUUGAUCGAACUCAUCAAUGUUAUUCCGGACGAGGAUCCAAACAUUCUGAACCUUGCCAAGGAAGUUUCUAAGUUUGCUGUGAAGAAGAGUGGGUCAGAAGGUGGCUUUCCAGCUCUCAGCUUUGUCAUUGGCUCUAAGCUGUACUACAGCGGUUCCGUGGACCAGAUCAAUGCUAGCGAGCACUACCUUCUCGUCAGUGGAACGCCUGAGAGUCUGCAGAUGCUUGUCGACCUAGAAUUUGGUGCAUACUUGCUUGACCAGCCUAAUACUUUCGGCACUUAUCUUGCGAGAAUGGUGAUUCCAUACGUUACUUUCGGUAACCUGAAGCUGGCAAGAAAGUCCGUCGUUGACAUGAUAUCAAAGCUUAAAGAAAGCGAUAGAUCAGGCCUAUUUUCCUUCCAACAGAGCGGCGAUUUGCAAAUUCUGGAACUGGGCACAGAUACCGAUCUACAAGAUUGUUACGGGCUGGUGAAUUUCCUACAAUUGCUGAUCGAGGUCUGCGAGCGUGCCAACAGCGAAAACGCUGCAAACUUCAAGUUGCUUGUAAACAGGUACUUCCAGUUGCUGGAAAGGAACAAUCUGGCUCUCAAAGUGAAUGCUAUCGGGGAAUCGUAUUUCGGCGUCUCUAUCGUGCAAAAAAGCGCAAACAUGUUACAGGAGAUGAUGUCAGGGCUUUUGGGAGGUGGCAAAUAA